AUGCCGGCGACGACAUCGACCAGUUCUAAAAAAGCCCCCGCGCUAAAGACGCUUCAAGCUAAAUUGAAGUCGUUUCUAACCAUGUUUAAGGAUAUCGGUGAGUUUGCACAAGCGUUCAGUGUUGAAACUACUGCUAGCCAGGUGACGGUGCGACUUGAGAAGCUAGAAGAGUUGUGGGAGAAGGUGAAUGACGUCAUAUUGGAAAUCGAAAUUCACGAAGACUAUAUGGCCGAGGAUGAAGCCUAUAUACAGCAGCGGUCGGAGUUAGGCAACAAGUACUAUGCGGUAAAAUCGGCACUUUUGGACAAGGUUAAGGAAUUGGAGGAACAUCCGGCCAUAAAUACUUCUCUUCGCGCGAAUGAUACGACGCAGCAACCUACCGUUGAGCACGUUCGUCUCCCACAAAUUAAACUUCAAACGUUUGAUGGAAAUAUUGAUGAGUGGUUGAGUGUUCGAGAUCUUUACACUUCGUUUAUUCACUGGAAGGCCGAUCUACCCGAUGGCAAAUUACCAAAUUGCCUGGGAUACGCUUCCAAACGAUAUAAUGAUAGCAAGUUUCUGAAACGAAGGCAGGUGCAAGCACUUUUCAAGCUACCUUUGUUAACGAGAGAAUCUUCCGCUGAGUUGCAGGCCUUGUUGGAAGGCUUUGAACGGGUUGUUCAGACACUGGAUCAGCUUAUACAACCAGUAGAUUACAAGGAUCUGCUAUUGUUGGACAUUUUAUCCACACGAUUAGAUAACGCAACAAGACGUGCCUGGGAAGAAUAUUCUUCGACGAAGGAAAAUGACACAGUGAAAGAAUUAACCGAGUUUCUACAGAGGAGGGUACGAGUUCUUGGAUCAUUACACACGAAGCCUACGGAAGCCAAGCCAGAGUUUUCACGACAAUUUAGGAAGGUUUUUACUCCAGCGCGUCAUAGUCAUAAUGUUGUUCAAAACACAACGGGAAAUUGCGUGGCGUGCACAGAGUCGCAUCCGUUGUAUCUAUGUUCAGCGUUUCAGCGGCUUACGGUGUCUGCCCGGGAUAAACUACUUCGGACGCAUUCUCUUUGUAGGAAUUGCUUUAGAAAGGGGCACAGGGCUUCGGAAUGUCCAUCAAAAUACGUUUGCCGCAUCUGUAAGGAACAGCAUCACACGUUGGUAUGCUUCAGAGCUGAAAGCAACCAUGCUGCUAAGGAAAGGAUUAGCAAGGACAGUGGUGCAACUAAAGAGGUGUCAUCUCAGGCUGCUAGUACAUCCCAAGUAUCUGCAAAUGUAUCUGGUCAUAGAGUAUCAUCAGUGCUGCUGGCUACAGCGGUCGUAUUGGUGGAAGACGACCAAGGCUUUCGUUUUCCAGCGAGAACUUAA